UCUGCGUUUUUAGAUUUUAGGGCAACUGAAGAGAUUUUGAGGAUGUUGCCUGUUGAAUCUGCAAAGAAGAAGCUAUCUUUCACAAUAUGUAUUCAAGAUGGGGAUUUGGUUAUUGUGUAUGAGAGAUAUGAUAACAUGAAGGCUGUUAAAGUGUGUGACGGUUCUGUGCUUGAGAAUCGGUUUGGUGUGUCUAAGCAUUCGGAUUGGAUAGGGAAGCAAUUUGGGUCCAAAGUUUUCAGCAGCAAAGGUGGAUUUGUUUACUUGUUGGCUCCCACUCCUGAGCUUUGGACUUUGGUUCUGAGUCACAGGACUCAGAUUCUCUACAUUGCUGAUAUUAGCUUUGUGAUCGUGUUCUUGGAGAUAGUUCCUGGCUGUGUGGUUCUUGAGUCGGGGACUGGAAGUGGGUCUUUGACUACAUCACUUGCAAGGGCUGUAGCGCCUAAGGGACAUGUCUAUACAUUUGAUUUCCAUGAACAAAGGGCGGCCUCGGCUAGGGAGGACUUUGAAAAGACGGGGAUAAGCAACACGGUCACAGUAGGAGUUAGAGAUAUUCAGGGUGAAGGUUUUCCAGAAGAGUUAUCUGGGAGGGCAGAUUCUGUCUUCCUGGACCUUCCCCAACCCUGGCUAGCCAUCCCUUCAGUUGAGAAAAUGUUGAAACAAGAUGCGAUUGUAUGCUCCUUUUCCCCGUGCAUUGAGCUGGUGCAACGAGCAUCGGAGACUUUGAGAUCAAAGUUUACAGGCAACGACUAUAAAGCUGCGCAUUCUCCUCCUGUUCGUGAUAAUACCGGUCUGGCGGGGUUAGGAGGGAUCUUUCGUGAUCAUGAAGGGUCUGCUGUUGGGGGAUUUCGACACACUCUGGAGGUGGCUAAUUCACCUAGGCAUGCGGAGUUGCUAGCUUUAAUUCAAGGAAUGCAGCUAGCACUUGAUCACCAGCUUACCCCUUUGGUGGUAGAGACCGACUGCAUGGAUUUAGCGCAAGCAGUUUCCGGGUCUUCCCUGGACCACUCGGACCUGGGUUUCUUGUUAAGUGACUUGAGAGCACUGUUGCAUGCUGCUUUAGAUGCAAGAGUAAGUUACAGUAACCAUAAGGCAAAUUUGGUGGCGCACAUUCUAGCGCAAGAGGCCAAAGAUGGUCAGUUUUGUGUGGAUUUCUUUACCAAUUUUCCUCCCAAGGGUGGAGGCUAUUGUAAUGAUUCCCCAUCAAUGAAUUAG